GACAGCACAUUUGCUUCCUCCCGCGACGUGCCAUUUAUAUACCAGAAUCGAUACAUAUACAUAUACCAUAGUACAUUAGCUCCUCCUGUGCUCUGAGCCUCCGAUAAGGUACAGACAGCUCCGUGCAACGCGCAGCUAGCUUAGUCAUGGCUUCUCACGGCAAGGACACGCAAGAAGUCGUCGCCGGCGCCGACGCCAGCGCGGGCCACGUGCUGCUGCUGCCGUACCCGAGCCAGGGCCACGUCCACCCCAUGCUGCAGUUCGCCAAGCGCCUCGCGCACCACGGCCUGCGCCCCACGCUCGCCGUCUCCCGCUACAUCCUCGCCACCUGCAAGCCCGACGCCGCCGCGGUGGGGGACGUCCGCCUCGCCGCCGUAUCCGACGGCUGCGACGCGGGCGGGUUCGGCGAGUGCAACGACGUCACGGCCUACCUGGCGCUCCUCGAGUCCGCGGGGUCGGAGACGCUGGGCGAGCUCCUAGACGCCGAGGCCGCGGAGGGGCGCCCCGUCCGGGCGAUGGUCUACGACGCGUUCCUGCCGUGGGCGCGCGGCGUGGCGCAGCGGCACGGCGCCGCCGCCGUGGCCUUCUUCACGCAGCCGUGCGCCGUCAACGUGGUGUACGGCCACGUGUGGUGCGAGCGGGUCGGCGUGCCGGUGGAGGCUGGAUCCACCGUCACCGGUCUGCCCGGGCUGCCGGCGCUCGAGCCCGAGGGCCUGCCGUGGUUCCUCAAGGUCGGGCCCGGCCCCUACCCGGGCUACUUCGAGAUGGUGAUGAGCCAGUUCAAGGGGCUGGACCUGGCCGACGACGUGCUCGUCAACUCUUUCUACGAGCUCGAGCCCGAGGAGGCGGCGUACAUGGCGUCGGCGUGGCGCGCCAAGACGAUCGGGCCGACGGUGCCGGCGUCCUACGUGGCCGACGACCGCAUGCCGUCGGACACCAAGUACGGCUUCCACCUCUUCGAGCUCACGGCCGCGACGUGCGUGUCCUGGCUGUCGGCCCACCCGGCGCGCUCCGUGGUGUUCGCCUCCUUCGGCAGCCUGUCCAACCUGGACCCGGCGGAGAUGCGCGAGGUGGCGCACGGCCUCCUGGACGCCGGCCGCCCGUUCCUCUGGGCCGUGCGCGAGUCGGAGAGCCACAAGCUGCCCGCCGGCUACGGCGACGCCGUCGCGGCGCGCGGCGGGAUGGUGGUGUCGUGGUGCCCGCAGCUGGAGGUGCUGGCGCACCCGGCCGUGGGGUGCUUCCUGACGCACUGCGGCUGGAACUCGACGUCGGAGGCGCUGGUGGCCGGCGUGCCGAUGGUGGCGCUGCCGCAGUGGACGGACCAGCAGAUGAACGCCAAGUACGUGGAGGCCGUGUGGCGGGCGGGCGCGCGCGUGCGGCCCGCCGCCGCGGACGGGCUCGCGCGGAGGGGGGAGGUGGCGGGCGGGAUCGAGGCGGUGAUGGCCGGCGAGCGGAGCGGCGAGUACAGGAGGAACGCCGCUGCGUGGGCGGAGAAGGCCCGGGCGGCCAGCGGGGAGGGCGGCAGCUCCGACCGGAACAUCGCCGAGUUCGUCGCCAAGUAUGGAUCCAGCUCCAAGUGAUGGACAGGGAAUGAACCGUGUGCGCUAUUGUGCAGAGCUUUGCGCGUUGCGUGAGCACUCAUUUGAUGAUGAUGAAAUAAAUGGUUGAUGAUAUGUUUGCUCC